AAAGGAUGAUGGUAGCCCUUAAAUUGAAAAUUAGGGUUUUUGUGGGGAGGAGAGAGAAGAGAGAAAAAGAGGUUUCCUUACUCGCAUAUAGUCUUAAACUACAUAGGUAUAUAGCCUAUAUGCGAGUAACACUCCAAAAAAGCUCACGGUGCCGGUGCCCAACUCAUAAGCAAAUUGAAUUCCUUUAGAACCUUUGGAAUCUGGAACCUCUCAUAUGUCAUACGCAAAGCUCGAAUUGCAGAAGCUUGUUCCAGUGUUGUGGCUGGAAAUCAUUAAGGAAUGACCUGUCAUCCCCGGGCCCAGGGCGGCCGCCCCACUUGCCCUGGCUCAGGGACGGGCCUGCCUCUGCCAUUGAAUAAAUUGAAUGUGACCUCAAGUAUUUUGGACGUUUCAUCAGCCGGUGCAACCAAGGAGAAGACAUAUGUGGUUUUAGUUGCAACUGGAAGUUUUAAUCCUCCCACUUUUAUGCACUUGCGGAUGUUCGAGUUGGCUAGAGAUGCACUGAGUUCUGAGGGUUAUCAUGUUAUUGGAGCCUAUAUAUCACCUGUGAAUGAUGCAUAUAAGAAGAGGGGCCUGUUAUCUGCUGAACAUCGUAUAGAAAUGUGUCAACUAGCCUGCAAAAGUUCAAACUACAUAAUGGUGGAUACGUGGGAGGCAAAACAAGCUACCUAUCAACGGACAUUGACGGUUUUAUCUAGAGUGAAGAGCUUUUUGUGCGAGAAUAGUCUUGUUUCACCUGGAUCUCUUCGGGUUAUGCUUGUCUGUGGUUCGGAUUUAUUGGAAUCAUUUGGCAUUCCUGGUGUUUGGAUACCGGAGCAGGUCCGGGCCAUAAUUAGAGACUUUGGCGUGGCUUGUAUUCGUAGAGAAGGGCAAGAUGUUGACAAGAUUAUAUCGAGCAAUGAGAUAUUGAAUGACAACAAGAGUGGUAUUAAGGUUGUGGAUGAACUUAUAUCAAACCAAAUUAGUUCAACACGAAUAAGGGACUGCAUCUCGAGAGGGUUGUCCGUGAAGUACCUAACAGCUGAUGAAGUGAUAGAUUAUAUACGAAAACAUGACCUAUAUCUGCACCAAUCAAAUAUCUGACUGCAACCCAAAACCACAAAAUAUACACCUUCAUUUCUGCUUACAUCCGACAUGAUCAACCAACAAGUGCUUGGGAUUAGCUGGUAAGAGGGUUAUUCCAGCUCGAUAGAGGUCUUGGAUUCAAGUAUUUGGAGCGCAAAGCACUUGUUAGGAGCUUUACCCCCAAUUGGACAUGUUCUUGCUUGAAUAUGGAUUUAUCAGAGUCAAGUAGGCUUUAGAUUACAGGUUGUUUCUUCACCAUUCCACACGUGACAUGAUGGUUUUCAAUAACUCAUUAAUUUGUUGCAGAAAGUUUUGCCUCUGAGGUUGUGCUUGGGACUAAUUCUGAAACUUUUUGUUUUCCCAUGCUACACAUAUUACGAAAGAGAACAGAAGAUUGAAAAUUAUACACUGUAAUUAAACGAAAUAUGUCACUUUAUUUCAAGCAUUGGAGAGCGAUACGAAAGGGUCGAGAUUGACAUGAGGAGUGCAGCUUCUCCACCAUCCAACAGUUUUUACUUGUAAUGACCAUAUGGAUUAUAGAAGUCCAGCCCAGCCUGAGGAGAUCCAGAUGGACCUAAACUGUCACUGCUACUUGGAUCACCACCGAUUCCGAGAGCCAAACUUGGACCACUACCUUCACUGGCAGUAGCAGUGUACAGGUGACUCAUACUAAUUGGGCCAGAACUUGUGCCUGAUCCAUCAUGGUAGUUCCCACCAUUAUUGGCAGAAGUACUAAACAUAGCAAAUUGAGGAUGAACCACAGCAAAAGGAGGCAAAACAUUAGUUGUAGGAGUAACUAAAGUAGCCUCAGUGCCUAUGUUCCCGACACCACGCCUAGGGAUCAGGGGAAGCAUCUCGCUCUCACGGUAUUUUUGGAGAUAUAUCGAAAGUGGCUGAACAUAGUGAUCAAACCCGAGCCUGGACAUUGCCCCUAUAAGAUCUUCAGCUGUUAUGGUCUUGCGAUGCUCGAGUUGACAAGUCUCAUUAGCUUCACUGGUGAUGAAGCUAAUGAACUCAGAGACACAUUCCUGUAGCAUCUCCUUGGCCUCGUCCGCCACCUUUGCGUGUGGGGGUAGGGCCCGCCUCAUGAUCCGGACCACAUUUGCUAUGGGCAUGUAGAGCUCAUGUUCGCGAAAUGGGGCUAACGAGGACUUGGAGCGAAGGAUUGGGGUUGAAUGAUUGGUGCGUAAAGUAGGGGCCUUGUUGCCAAUGUUAUCCUGGAUUUGAGAAGGGUUUGGCAUUGAGCCUUGAAUGUUGUUGGUUGUCCUGUUGAGUCCAUUAGCAUCACCCACCAACGGCAUUGGACCUGAAAAUUAACAUUCAGAGAAGAGGGAAUUAUCUUCCUAUAGGAUAGCCUAAACACACUUGCCCAAUUCCAUACAACAUGCACAAAAAUUUCUGAUUUGUUCAAUAAUAAACAAUUGUUAUGAUAAUAAUAAAUAUGGUAGCUGAGUAUUACAUGCA